AUGGGCGACCACAGCAACGAUGAUGGGGCAAUCCCCUUCCCGACAUUGAUUCGUCCCCCACCAGAGGACCCCAACAAAGCCCCGAUCGAAAACGUCCUGGACGUGACGGAGCUCAGCGUGAUCGGCCAGGACGUCUUCACCAACACGCGGCCGGCUUGGCAGCCCCCGGGAGCACGAGGCAUCUUUGGCGGCUCUGUCAUCGCCAUGUGCCUCUCAGCCGGGCAGAAGACGGUCCCGUCCAAUUUUCUGGUCCACUCGUGCCACUGCUACUUCCUGCUGGCGGGGGCCAACGAGGUGCCCAUCCUGUUCCAUGUGGAGCGCGUGCGUGACGGCCGCUCCUUCGCCACGCGCACCGUCCAGGCCCGCCAGCGCGGCCGCUGCAUCUUCACCACCACUAUCAGCUUCGUCAAGGAGACGCCCGAGUCGGAGCGCAGCAAGAACCAAAACGUCGUGCGCCACUCGGCCAGCCUGCCCCCCGACGCCGGCCCCCCUCCCCCAGACGACCUGGACGAGGGGCCGACGCUGGCCUGGUUGGGUCCUUUCCAGUCGGGCCGCAUGAAGGUCACCAACAUGGACAGCCCCGACGUCCACAAUCGCAAGUCACGCCAUUGGACGAGGGCCAGGGGCAAGAUCAGUGCUGAGGGCGGCGUCCAAGCCCACAUGAACGCCCUCGCCUACGUCAGCGAUAGCUACUUUAUCGGCACCAUCUCGAGGAUCCACAAGCUGUGGAGGUUCCCGGUCAAGGUCGAAGAUAUCGACACGCUGGAUCCCUGGUUGGUGGAGCAAAUCAAGGACUUGCACGAGUUUGAUGGUGGCGGUGAUUUGAAGGACUGGGCUGAUCGGCCCACGGUGGGCAUGAUGGUCAGUCUUGAUCACAGCAUCUAUUUCCACGAGCCUAGAAGCAUCAAGGCGGACGAGUGGAUGUUCCAAGAGAUGGAGAGCCCCUGGUCUGGGGAUGGAAGGGGUGUAGUGAUCCAAAGGAUCUUCAAUAAGGAAGGAGUCCUGGUAGCUACGUGUGUUCAAGAGGGUCUUGUGAGAUUAAAAGAACCUGAAGAAGUCGAGACGAAGGCUAAAUUGUAA